AUGAGUUUUCUUAAUAAAGUGUUUAAGAUAAAUAGUUUCUUGCAUUUUAAGAAAAAGGAUAUAGGUUUUUUAAAAAGUUCCAAGAGAUAUGAAUCAAGAGUUAAAGCUCAUAGAUACACUGGUAUAACGGCAGUAAAAACUCAUGCUCAAAAAACGGAAUGGUAUUUAAAAGCAGAAAGAGAUUUUUUAGCUGAAAGAAACCAAAUACCUAAUGGGUAUAUUGGCCUCUGGCAAUAUGAUGAUAUAAAGCAUUUAAAAGAUAAUAUCAAAAGUAUGCUACAUUUAAGUUGCGCAAAUAAUAAGCAAAUACAUAAAUUUAAAAAGUUAAAUAUAAGAAGAUUAUUACAAAGAAGGCCAUUUGAUACGGGAAGUGCAGCUGUUCAAAUUGGAUGUUUAACAGAAAAAAUUUUAAACUUGCGGGCUCAUUUAAUACAAAGAUGCAAAGAUCAUCCCAAAAAAAGAACUAUGUCUAUAUUAUUGGCUAGAAGACAAAAGUUAAUGAAGUAUUUAUACAAAACUGAUUUUGAUUUAUAUAAACAUACUUGUAAUUUACUAAAAAUUAAGUGCAUAUUAUUUGCAAUACCUGAUUCAAGAGACAGAUCAAGGGCAAUAAAUGCAGCAGCAGUAGAUGGUGAUAGAUGUAAAUUUUUAAUUAGACAAAAAUUAUGGAAAGGUAAAUAUAGACCAAGACCAAUGAAAGAUUCAAAAGGACAAACAAUAAGAUACACUAGACACCCUGUGGAGCAACCACCUUCAGAUUAUGCCUUACCAAAGGAAUAUAAACCACAAAUAUCUAAUUCAUGGCCAUAUGGAGUUAAAGAAAGCUAUCAAAAAGGAGUAUAUACAAUUAAUAAUCCAACAGCACCGGGUUUAGGUUAUUGCCCAGUUCCCAUGUUGUUUUAA